AUGCGUGCCCCUACUCUUCCUGACAUCAACCUGCGUACCCUACUCUUCCUGACAUCAACCUGCCGUACCCUACUCUUCCCUGACAUCAACCUGCCGAUACCCUACUCUUCCCUGACAUCAACCUGCGUACCCUACUUCCCUGACAUCAACCUGCUCCCACCAACCCAGCCCAUCCCAUCCCAACCCACCAUCGCAACCCAACCCAGCCCAUCCCAUCCAAACCCAGCCUAUCAACCCAACCCAGCCCAUCCUAUCUCAACCAGCCCAUCCCAACCCAGCCCAUCCUAUCCCAACCCAUCGUCCUUCAAGUCUGUUAAGUCGUCCUUCAAGUCUGCUAACUCGUCCUUCAAGUCUGCUAAGUCGUCCUUCAAGUCUGCUAAGUCGUCCUUCAAGUCUGUUAAGUCGUCCUUCAAGUCUGCUAAGUCGUCCUUCAAGUCUGCUAAGUCGUCCUUCAAGUAUAGUCGUGGACAAGAGCUCGCUCCCCGUCUUCCUCGCCCCCCUAGCUCUUCAAAUACUGGCAAUAAUACCACAUCUAUUUUGUCA